CAGCUUUUGAACUCGGUUUGCAGCUGACGCAGUAAAAUCCUCUGAAGACGAAGAGGACGAUGAGUCAUCCUCAGAGGAAAACAAACUGUCCAACGAGCUGUCAACAAGCAACGAGAAGCUCCAAACGCUGGCGCCUCAGUGGGUGAUGCCCGAGAAGAUGGAGAAGCAGCUGCACGCCGUUCCCGCCAGCCGGACGGUGAAGUUUCGUUGCCAGGCGACGGGAAGUCCCGCCCCCUCGCUGCGCUGGUACAAGAACGGCAAAGAGUUCAGGAAGGACCAGAGAAUCGGAGGCUUCAAGAUCCGAGACCACAUGUGGACUCUGAUAAUGGAGUCGGUGGUGCCGUCGGACAAAGGGAACUACACCUGCGUGGUGGAGAACGAACACGGGAGCCUCACACACACCUACCUGCUGGACGUCGUUGAGCGUUCUCCUCACAGGCCGAUCCUGCAGGCCGGUCUGCCGGCCAAUCAGACGGCGGUCAUCGGCCACGACGUGAAGUUUGUGUGUCGGGUGUUCAGCGACCCGCAGCCGCACAUCCAGUGGCUCAAACACAUCACGGUUAACGGCAGCAGAGAGGCGCCGGACGGACACCCCUACGUCCUGGUUCUCAAGACGGCGGGUUUGAACACGACGGAUAAAGAGAUGGAGGUCCUGACGCUGAGGAACGUGAGCGUGAACGAUGCCGGAGAGUACACGUGCCUGGCGGGGAACUCCAUCGGCGUCUCUCAUCACUCUGCGUGGCUCACCGUGGUCGACGACCUGCCGCCCGCCCCGCUGCCCUCCCAGACCUACCUGGAGAUCUUCAUCUACUGCCUCGGCUUUUUCAUCGUCGUCAUCCUCACCGCCACAGCCGUCGUCUGCCGGCUCUGCUGCGCGCCGAAGAAGAGCGACUUCAGCGGCCAGCUGGCCGUGCAGAAACUGGCAAAGAGCCUUCCUCUGAGGAGACAGGUGUCCGUGGAGUCGGCGUCCUCCCUGCAGUCCGGGAUGUGUCUGAUGCGCCAGUCUCGCCUGUCCAGCGCCGCCACCACCAUCCUGACCGGCGUGUCGGAGUAUGAACUUCCCUUCGAUCCCGCAUGGGAGCUUCCUCGUGACCGGCUGACUCUGGGGAAGCCUCUCGGCGAGGGAUGUUUCGGGCAGGUGGUUCUGGCCGAGGCCGUCGGCGUCGACAGAAACAAACCCACGCGCCUCACCAAGGUGGCGGUGAAGAUGCUGAAAGCGGACGCCACGGAGAAGGACCUGUCCGACCUGAUCUCUGAGAUGGAAAUGAUGAAGAUGAUCGGCAAACACAAGAACAUCAUCAACCUGCUGGGAGCGUGCACGCAGGACGGCCCUCUGUACGUGGUGGUGGAGUACGCCUCGCAGGGGAACCUGAGGGAGUAUCUGCGUGCUCGGCGGCCGGUUGGGCUGGAGUACUGGAGCGGAUCCAGGCAGGUGUCCCUGGGCAGUUUGGAGACCAGGGAGCUGGUGUCCGCUGCGUACCAGGUGGCCAGAGGGAUGGCCUACCUCGCCUCAAAGAAGUGUAUUCACAGAGACCUGGCAGCCAGGAACGUGUUGGUCACUGAAGACAACGUGAUGAAGAUCGCCGACUUCGGUCUGGCCCGAGACGUCCACCACAUCGACUACUACAAGAAGACAACUAACGGCCGUCUGCCGGUGAAGUGGAUGGCACCAGAAGCCUUAUUUGACCGCAUCUACACGCACCAAAGUGACGUGUGGUCGUUUGGAGUCUUGCUGUGGGAGAUUUUUACCCUCGGCGGUUCUCCGUACCCUGGAGUCCCCGUAGAGGAACUCUUCAAGCUGCUGAAGGAGGGUCACCGCAUGGAGAAGCCCUCGGCAUGCACUCAGGAGCUGUACCUGAUGAUGAGAGACUGCUGGAACGCCGUCCCGUCUCGCAGGCCGACGUUUCUGCAGCUAGUUGAAGAUUUAGACCGCACGCUUUCUCUCAUGGCGAACCAGGAGUACCUGGACCUGGCCGCCCCUCUGGUCCAGUAUUCUACUGUCAGCUCCCCCGUCUCGGAUCAUUCCGGUAACUCCACAUAAGCGUCCUGGGACUUUUUCUUUUCCUUUUCCCCUUCCUGGAUCACCUUCGGCCCGUUUCCUCUGCUGCGCAGCGGGGCUCCGGUGGCGGCCCGGGCGGCCUGGGACGACGAAGCCCGGGUGGCGGCAGUGGCGGUCCGAGACGAGUCUGUCAGCAGCAGCCUGAUGUGAAGAACAGCUGGACUGAGCCGGACUCAGGAAGCAGCUGGCUCAUUACAAACAGACGGGGCAGAGACUUUGAGCUUUCACCCACCGAGAGAAGAGCUGCUGCACAUCUGUGCAUCUGUGCUUUGGUUGAUGUUAUUAAUAAUAAUAUUAAUGUUCUCAGUGUGAAUAUUGUAAAUAAUAGUUUGUGUAAAAUGGAAGACCAAAACUGGAUUUAUGAGAGAAAUAUGAAAUGAAAAGGGAAACGUUAACGGCACAGA